AUGAAUAAUGUGAGCGUUGGGGGCGACAGUGGGAUUACUCAGACAGUGGUGAGAGAGACAUCGAGGAGAGCCCAGAGCAAAGGAGGGGAGAAAGCACCAUCCUUCAGCUUUGGUCCACUCUGCCUCUGAGGGCUGCGUUCUAACCGGAUCACUGUGAGCAUCAGAAUCGAGAUGAACAUCGAGGUUGGGAACGUUUCUUAUACGGGAGCCAUCAUUUCCUGGUCGUCCUCGGAGCCCUGCCUGGAGGACUAUUACCAUAUUAUGUACAGGCCCAAUUGGAACAGCAUCUUCUCUGGCUAUCUUCGCUACAGCUUCCACCACGAGGAGAAGGUGCCUCGAACAAUCAGCUCCGUGGUGCUGGAACACCUCACCCCUUCCACUCUCUACUUCCUGUGCAUCAGCUGCAAGAAGAUUCUCUUCCCUUACAGGCACUACUGCACCAUGUUCCACACCCUGGAUAAGAGUCCACUGGCUGCUGGAAGUUCCCUGGUGGACCCGCAGAUCUCCCUUUGGGUGCUGAUGGCCAUUCUGCUGGCCUGCUUCACCGCAGUCCUAGCCUUCAUCUGCCUCCAGUUCUGGUGUAUCCGUUGCCACGAGCCUCGAUGGUCUUACAGAGCCGGCCACAUGGAGGAAGCCAAUGGGCUGGUGAGGUGGCCAGAGGAGGCCCCGGGUCUGGGUCAGGGGGAGGAAGACCUGCAGGGGCUCCCUUUGGUGGAACUGCUGCGCAAGAACUCGGGAGCUGACGCGGAACCAGAAGGGGCAGCCGCAGCCGCAGACGCCGACCAGGAUGCCCCCGACGUGGGUGCCUGGCAGAGGCAGGGCAGUGAUCACCCUGCCGCACUGCCUCAUUUUGGGGAGUGA